AAAAUAGGGAUAAAUUAGAUAUUUUUACUGUGGUGUGAACGUGCGCUACGUGUCUGUGUGUUUACAUGGAGGCUGCUGGACCCCCUCCACCUGGAUAAUUACUUAUUUUGACGCUGUGAGAGCCUCACAGCUGCUGUGUUGGAGAUGGACAUAUUGCUGCCGGUAUUUCAGUUACUGUAUUUUGUGGCACACUUCCUGGCCAGUCUUGCCCUCUCCGUCAUAGACACGUUCCACGACCUUCACCAUCUGCUGCUCCGCUUGUACUCUUUCUUCGUGCCUACUGCAAUCCCCGCUUGUCGUCUGCAGGCCGAUGCUGCUCAGCUGAAAAAGGUUCCGCAGCACUUGGGGUUGGUGUGCGUUGGCCAGCAGGCUCAACACAUAGCUCAGUUGUCUACCGUCAUCUCCUGGGCUGUUGGAUACGGCAUUCGCUUCAUUUCUCUCUACGAUGCUCAUGGGACACUGAAACACAACCGGCCAGUGAUUUUGAAGGCUCUCCAGAAGAAUUCUUCUGAUGCUGUGUAUAAUGUUUUGUCGUACGACCACAGUUGCAGUCCCGAGCGAGAUGUGAUAGCAGGAAUGAGCAUCAAAACAGACAGCGACUCGCCACCCCAGAACAUAACUGUCAAUCUCUUAAGUCUAGAAGAUGGUAGAGGUAACCUGGCAAGUGCUGCCAAGAUUUUAUCCACUACAGGUUGCAAGAUCACAAUGUCAUUAAUCGAGUCGCACCUGGUAACACGGGGGCAACCCGACCCAGAUGUCGUGAUCACUAUAGGAGAUCCAUUUGCUUCUUUAGCAUUCCUUCCAUGGCAAAUUAGACUGAGCGAAUUUUUUGUCGCACCCUCCUUAAGUCGAUUUGAAUAUAGUGACUUCCAAACUAUCCUUAAGAAAUACUCCAGAUGUGAACAAAGAUUUGGAAAGUAGAAAUUCUGUUGAAUUGUGUUUUAUGCGUAUUGUACUUAAGAAAAUAACUCAGGACAUCUUGGAGAUGUUGCCACAGUUCUGUAUCUGCGACCUUCCAUGCCAGUAGACUAAUUGUUGAUGUUUGUAUGUAGUAUUUAUGUCGGGCAACGACUAGCAGUGGACUUAGUCGAUCUCAAUAGUCGCAGGUGCGCUCUGACAAAAUGGGGCCUCGGGAUAUCUUCCUGGGUGUGUAUUAGCAUUCCAUCCUGUACAAGUUCUCCUCAACUUACGAUGGGGUUACGUUCUGACGAACCCAUUUUAAGUCUCAAAAUAUCGUAGGUUGAAUAUGAAUGUGAUAUGCCAGAUAAAUAAGUAAAUAAAUAACUACUGUCACUAAGUAAAUAAAUAAUUACUAUAAUUAAAUACCAGUAUUGAAAAAUAUAUGAAUACAAGUUAUGAAUUUGCCGCCUUGAUGCUGUGUAAUUAUUUUUAAUUUCAUCUCCAAAGUAAUUGAUUUUUGCACCGUCGAAAGUUGAACCAUUGUAAGUCAAGGAGCAUGUGUACAUGUAGAUUACUGGUAUUUGGUUGUACCCAAUGGCUGUACUGACUAACAGGCCAUGUAAAAAUAAUUUGUGUGGUUCUCGUAGCCGAGAAAACAAGUGGUUACUGUUUGCACUGGACUUGCAGUUUUGUUUCAUACUUUCCAGUAGUUAGAGAACUCGGUUCCUUUACCAUUUUAUGCAAGAAUUGCGAUGCAAAACAACCACAGGGGGAGUUGAUAGCUAUAGGCCUUUUGUGUUUUAAUCAACACAUCUGGAGCUUGCAAUGUUUCAGAAAUGAGUAAUAAAUCAAGCACAUUCGUUCAACGGGACCUCUUACUCAUUUGUGCAACACUGCAAGCUCCUGAUGUGUUGAUUGCAACACAAAAAGGCUAAGGCUAUCAUUCAGCUCCGCCCGUGGUUGGUUUGCAUCCUUUACCAUGGGUGCUCCUAACAUUUAUUUUAGCAAACUAUCGUGCAGUCGUCCUAGAAUCCGAGUCUUCCCACCGACACGAUACAGCGCUAGCAACCUUGUGGGUUAAGAGAACAUCCAGAGCAACAAGGUUACGAUAACCACACUCUAUUUUUGCCUCAUGCCUGAGAGGUCAAUUUCUCGGUGGGUUUACCAUGUUGUAAACCACCCAAGAUAAAAAAAAAGUAUCGUGUGAUAGUCUUUCAGAUGUGUAUGAUAGUCCAGAUAAAUGUGUAUUGUGGAUAGUCUUACAGAUGUGUAUGUUAGUCUCACAGAAGUGUAUGAUAAGGGUGAGGAAGAGCGGUACAGUAUUUUUGUACGUGUGAUAACUCUUGAUUUACUCGUGGAUAUAAUGUCGAUUCAUUUAGUGGAUAGAACAUUGAUCCACUUACCAGGUACGAUCCACUUAUUGUGUAUCAUGAACUUCUAAGUUCCAUCUUGUUGAGCCACAUUGGUUGGUAUCGAGUAUAAUAGCACUGGGAAUACAGGUAGUAUUGCAGGUUUCUGCUCUCUGCACUUUUUUUUAGGUAAAAAGCUGUACAAACUUCUGUUUUGUUUCAUGUAAUGUGAUCAAGAACAAAUGUUACAUUUUUUAACGCUUUUGUUGAAUACACCUGACAUACCAUGUUAUUGAUUAGAAUAUAAUAACUCUCUUGUAAAGCUCUAUAUACCAUAGUUGCCAGCAGCAACAUAUACCUUUAUACCUUUGAGGAGUUUCAAGAGUUUCUCUACUCUCUGAGCCCGGCCGUGGGCCAGGCUCGUCUGGUGCUUGCCUGGUCAACCAGGCAAGGUGCUAGUAACCCCUUCUCCUGUGCAAGUUGAUAAAUGUUAAAAGAAAAACUUGCGUUUUUUGUUUUAGGUCACCCUGCCUUGAUGGGAGACGGCCAGUGCAUUGAAAAACAAAAUUACCGUAGUGUGAUUUUUUUUGCUGAUGCAAUUGAAAAAGUUCAUCCGUAAUUGAACAGUAUGCACUAUGAACGCCUUUCUACGUUAGGGCCCCACAUACACAGCAAGUUAAGUUCCGUGCUACUGCUGUACGUGCUAUUCAAUUUUGCAAGUACUAUUUUUCAAUCGCCUUUGCAAAAAAUUGCACUACAUUGAAGAGGUUUAUAAAUGAGCUUACUGUAUUAGUUAACCCGUAAACGGUCCAAACGUAUAUAUACGUUUUUUCAACAUUUGAAAGUAUGUAAAAAAAAGUAGAUCUUCUUUUUGUUUUUUUACAUUUGAAAAUGUGUAAAAAAAACUUUGAUCUACUUUUUUUUUUUUUGUUAUAUUUGAAAAUAUGUAAAAAAAAACAUAGAUCUACUUUUGUAGCGCUACACAUGUGAACGUAGAUCUGCUUGCACCGUUUACAGGUUAAAUACACAAAUAACACGCACAUAGAAGAAAACUUAUGACAGCAUUUCAGUCCAACUUGGUAUCAAGCCAGACCGAAAUGCCGUAAGUUUGUCACCUAUGUGCGUGUUAUUUGUGUAUUAUUCCAGUUACCAUCUUGCUUUUUUAUUCUUUUCAUAUUAAGUAUUUAGAAAAUGAGUUCACUAUGUAUUUCCAUAAAGUCUGCAAAUUAGUCCUACAGCGAGGAUAAUAUACAAGGGUUUAGAGGUCCAAGUAUGUCAACUUUAUGUGUUGACGACGGAGGAAAGUGAUAUUUGGUUUACAAACCUCUUGAGGGUCCUGAAAUUAUUAUGUAAUAGGGUAGAGUUGUACAGUGGACCCCCGGUUAACGAUAUUUUUUCACUCCAGAAGUAUGUUCAGGUGCCAGUACUGACCGAAUUUGUUCCCAUAAGGAAUAUUGUGAAGUAGAUUAGUCCAUUUCAGACCCCCAAACAUACACGUACAAACGCACUUACUUAAAUACACUUACAUAAUUGGUCGCAUUCGGAGGUAAUCGUUAUGCGGGGGUCCACUGUAUUUUCAUUUCUGUAUCGACCGUUUCCCUGCAAGGUCACCUGACGCAAAGAAAACACAUUCACCAGGUGUAACAUCCUCACUUAUUGUUCAGAGUACAUUUGUGGAGGCCUGGUCAACGGCUGGGCCACGGGGGCGUUGACCCCCGAAACCCUCUCCAGGUAUACUCCAGGUAUGUAUAGGGCCAGAUUAAGGCAUGGGCUUUAGGGGCUGCAGCUCAGGGUCCUCCACCAGCUGGAGAGCCUCCAGAGAUUAAGUGAAAAGUGUUGACAGUUACUGUCGUAAGUUUAUAAUUAUUGUAAGUUAUGACAUCACUUAUAUGAUGAAAUCUUGA